GAAGAGCGAGGUGAGUGCGGACGUCAGAGUGGAGAGCGGAAGGUCAGGGCGACUCGGAGCGGAAGUGAGACAGGGGAGUCUGUCCGCCAUUGUGGACCGGAGAAGCGUAGAGCAAGAGGGAGAAAAGGAGCGUGCAGGCGGAGAAACGGGCCCCUUCCGCCUACUCCCGAGUGCGAAUUCCUGUUUCUGGCUUCUCAGCGAGCGGCCGCAGCGGCGGCGGCUGGAACACUUUCUCGGCUGAGGGCGGCAGCCAACUGGUGUGAGUGCACGGGGAGAGGCCCAGGCGGCGGCGGCAGCAGCAGCAGCUCUCGGGUUGCGGUGAAGAAUGUCAGCCACUAGCGUGGAUCAGAGACCUAAAGGGCAAGGAAAUAAAGGUGGGAAAACAUGAUGCACAGAUCUGUUGACUUUCCUAACUUGAUGUAGUCAGGACCAGAACAAAGAACCACCUGGCUCCUAAGGCCCAUGUUCUAUCUUGAUUUGACUCUGCUUCAUAGAGCAGAGGAAACAGGCGAAGGAUCAUUUUCAGUACAAAACGGUUCGAUUCAUCAAAAAGAUGCUGUAAAUGAUGAUGAUUUUGAGCCAUACCUAAGUAGCCAGACAAAUCAGAGUAACAGCUAUCCACCAAUGUCAGAUCCAUACAUGCCUAGUUACUAUGCUCCAUCCAUUGGAUUCCCAUAUUCUCUUGGUGAAGCAGCAUGGUCGACUGCUGGAGACCAACCUAUGCCAUAUCUGACAACCUAUGGACAAAUGAGUAAUGGAGAACAUCAUUAUAUACCAGAUGGUGUAUUUAGUCAACCUGGGGCAUUAGGAAAUACCCCUCCGUUUCUUGGUCAACAUGGAUUUAACUUUUUUCCUGGUAAUGCUGAUUUCUCUACAUGGGGUACAAGUGGAUCUCAGGGACAAUCAACACAAAGUUCUGCUUAUAGUAGCAGUUAUGGCUAUCCACCUAGUUCUCUUGGGAGAGCUAUUACUGAUGGACAGGCUGGAUUUGGCAAUGACACUUUGAGUAAGAUGCCUGGCAUAAGCAGUAUUGAGCAAGGCAUGACUGGACUGAAAAUUGGUGGUGACCUGACAGCUGCAGUGACAAAAACUGUAGGUACAGCCUUGAGCAGCACUGGUAUGACGAGCAUUGCAACCAAUAGUGUGCCCCCAGUUAGCAGUGCAGCACCUAAACCAACCUCCUGGGCUGCCAUUGCCCGAAAGCCUGCGAAACCUCAACCGAAACUUAAACCCAAGGGCAAUGUGGGAAUAGGGGGUUCUGCUGUGCCACCACCUCCUAUAAAACACAACAUGAAUAUUGGAACUUGGGAUGAAAAGGGGUCAGUGGUAAAGGCUCCACCAACCCAACCAGUUCUGCCUCCUCAAACUAUAAUCCAGCAGCCUCAGCCAUUAAUUCAACCACCACCUUUGGUGCAAAGCCAACUGCCUCAACAGCAGCCUCAGCCACCACAACCACAGCAGCAACAAGGACCUCAGCCACAGGCCCAGCCUCAUCAAGUGCAGCCCCAACAACCACAGCUGCAGAAUCGCUGGGUAGCUCCUCGUAACAGAGGAGCAGGUUUCAAUCAGAGCAAUGGAGCGGGCAAUGAAAACUUUGGUUUAGGUGUUGUUCCUGUCAGUGCUUCACCUUCUAGUGUGGAAGUGCAUCCCGUGCUGGAAAAGCUAAAGGCCAUAAACAACUAUAAUCCCAAAGACUUUGAUUGGAACCUGAAGAAUGGACGUGUGUUUAUAAUCAAAAGUUAUUCUGAAGAUGAUAUACAUCGUUCCAUUAAGUACUCUAUCUGGUGUAGUACUGAGCAUGGUAAUAAGCGUUUGGAUGCAGCUUACCGUUCCCUGAAUGGGAAAGGUCCACUCUAUUUACUCUUCAGUGUGAAUGGUAGUGGACAUUUUUGUGGAGUGGCUGAGAUGAAGUCUGUGGUGGACUAUAAUGCAUAUGCUGGUGUCUGGUCUCAGGAUAAGUGGAAGGGCAAAUUUGAAGUUAAAUGGAUCUUUGUUAAAGAUGUCCCCAAUAACCAAUUACGGCAUAUUCGUUUAGAAAAUAAUGACAACAAACCAGUUACCAAUUCAAGGGACACUCAAGAGGUACCCCUAGAAAAAGCUAAGCAAGUGCUUAAAAUAAUUGCUACUUUCAAGCAUACCACCUCAAUCUUCGAUGACUUUGCACAUUAUGAAAAGCGUCAAGAAGAGGAGGAAGCCAUGCGUAGGGAGAGAAAUAGAAACAAACAAUAACCUUAUGGAGAUAAUCCUAUUAGAAUUACAACACUAAUGACGUAGACUCUGGAAAUGCCUAAUAAGUCAAAGAAGACGUUAUUAAAGCUUUUUUUCUGCUUAAGGUGACAUCUUUGAACACUUUAACACAGAAUUGACUCUUCUUGUAAUGGUUUUCAUCAGCGCAUAUGCCCUUAUACUCUCACCAAACACACUUGAGAACUGUAACUUCGUCAAGCACUUUCUGUCCUGAAGCUUUUACCAGUAUCUGCUGUCUUUUGUAAUUAUGCAUCCUAGCUAAGGCACAGAAGACUGAAUGAAUGCAAGGAUUCAUUAACUCUUUGAAUUUGUUAAAUACUAACAGUUAACCAUAAGAAGUGGUUCAAUGAUGUAAGAGUCACACUGCUUCAAUUUUUCUUUGUUGUAGUUUUUAAAUUGUCAAUUUUUAGCUAUUUGACAGAUUAAAAGCAAAAUAAUCAUGCCAUAUUUAGUCCUGGAGUUCAAGUCUAAAUGUUUAUGUGGAAAAUUAUUGUAGUAAACUUUUAAUAAGGCAAAGCAACCUUAAGCUCUAUUUUAGCCAAAUGAAACAUUAUCUGAAAUUAUAUUAGAACAUUUCCCUUGUCUUCAAUUUGUUCGGUGUAACAAAAUACUGAUAUGCAGCUUGGUGGAUUUCACCAGUUAAUGCACAUUCUUCUCCCUUCCUUCCCCCAGUAUGUAUACUGAAAAAAUGUGCAUUUGUCUGAGGAAUUAUUUUGUUUGCUACCACUUAAUGAAUCUCAAAAUUUUGAGUAAAUGUACCUCAGUCUAAUCAGACUUUUUAUGACCUUUAUAACUACAUUUAAAACCCUUAAUCCCUAUUUCUGGGUGUUUGCGAGCCUGAUUGCUAUCAUGAAGUAAAAAUUUAUUAUUCUAGAUAUUCAUUAGCAAAAUAAACACAUAGUUCUUGUUUAGCAAGUAUAUAUACUGUUCCUCAACUUCUCCAGCUUUUGCAGUGUCCUGGCAUCCUUAAAAUACUUUGAAAAUAUGGCCUUGAUCCAUGGAUUAAAUCAGUAUCUAAGUGAAUGUGUUGAUGUUUUAUUGAUCAGAGCUAUAUAAAUGGGAAUACAGCAUAUAUCUGGGUAUUCUUUUAGUUAUCCUUUUUUUAACAUCUUUUUUUAAUUAAUUACAUAUCAACAUUAAUUUUAUAUCUGGAAACAAAUUGAUUUUGUUAUAAUGAUAAUGUGUGAAGCAUCUGUAUUAACUGAGUUGAUGGCAUAAGGUUGUGAAGAUAUUGUACUGCCCCUUAUAUUACUGUUAUAAAAGAAGACUGUAGAAAGGCGAUAUGUUAUUAAGGGUGGAAAUAGCAAUACAGUAGAUUUGAAUACCUUGAUGUUUUCCAUUACUCCACUUAUGUUUACAUCAUGUUUAGAAGUAUUUUCAUUUACUGUGGUCUUUGGUCACUUCAAUUAAAAGAAAUUUAGUUGCAUAUUUCUUUGAGGCUUUCAGUUAUAGAAUUUUUUUAUAUAAUAUUUUCUUAAAAUGUACAAAUACUGUAGUCAAAUGAAAAAAGUUACAGUAUUUGGAGAUAACCAUAGCUACUUCACAGUUCUUUAGUAGUUAGUCCCAGAGUAAUUAUAUUAGUGUUUACUGAAGGGAACAUCAAAAUACAGUAUAUUACAAAAUAAAGACUUUCUUAAAGGAAAAUUGCACCUAUUUUACCUUUUUAAGAGUUUAAGAAAUAAGCCAUGAAAUCUUGUAAAAUGUCUCUUUUAACUAUUUAUAAUGAAAAUUGGCAUUUGGAUAUAGUCACUGUAGCAGUGUUCUACAUCCCUAAUAUUACAUAUAGAUAAGGCACAAUAGUCAAAUAUGACUGUUGUCAUUUUGGAGGUCUAUUAGAGAAAACUUUAAAGGGAGUGACUUUGUAGGAAGGAUUUGAGUUCUCUCCCUGAGAUUCUCUUUUUCUUGGUGCUUUAUUAGCAACUCUGAAUAUUUUUAUAAAAAUAGUUACAUUACAAAUGAAUAAACUUGUUUAAUUAACAUUAAAUUUCUAUGUGAGAAGUGUCAUGGAAACAGCAAGCAAGCUGAUUGCCGUAUCAGACUCAGAAAUGUCAAGUGUAAUUGAAUAGUCUGUCCAUGGUGAGGAGUACAUCCCAGUGCCUUUAACCUGGAUUUCUAAUCUUAAAUUAAAUGGGUGCAGCAUUCCUUUGGAAACAAAAAAACAAGUUUGUUUUCUUAUUUUUCACUUGAUAAUUUUGUGCUUUUGUCAUUUAAAGUUUCUCCAGAACUCCCACCUUACUCUAACUCUGAGUUCUGUCAAGGGUAUUGCAAGACAUUUCUCCCCUAAGUGAUUAUCAUUGGUUGUCUCAAUAGCACAACUAACUGAAUGUUUCUUAACUACUGUAGACACCAAAGGGAAAGAACCUGGGCUCUACAAUAGGAAACACAGCAAAUGUUUGAUUAAUCACAAAUUAAAAAAAAAAAAAUCACUGGCCUAGUAAAUUUCAUGCUUAAUGUUUCUUGAAGUUCUGGCUAUGAAAUGUUUCUUAUUAAAAUUAUGUGGGUAUUUUAUUUUGAAAGGUAUUAUAGUUUGUAUAUUUAAACAGUAAGGGGAAAAAUGUAACCAAAAUUAGUAUUCUUUUCUAUACAUGUUGGUACUUGAAGAUUCCUUUCAAAAGAAACCCCAGUCUUUUCCUAAUUUCAAUACUUAAUUCUUCAUUUUAACUUGUGAUCUUUCUAAUUCAAAAGCUGUGUUCUUUUUGAAUACCAUGCAUGGGGGAUAAGCUGAUGUUAAAACAGUUUGCAAUAAAAAAAAGAAUCAGCUUGAGUCAUUUAAUCAUUUCAGAUGCAUCCUUUAAAAAUCAGUUUGAGAAAUUUAAGAGAAUUUUGUUUUCGGUAAGUUUUGCAUAUCUUUCGUUAAUGCCAUGUAAAUUCCCUUUUUUAUAUGUUUAAAGGGAGGCUAUGAUAAAAUGAUUUAAUUCAUUUAUAUUCACUUGUAGCAAUUACAUGGGAAAUUGAAUUUUGUGGUGUUUGGGUUUGUUCAUUCCUGUGAAUGAUGGUACAGUUAGGUGAGAUUUUUUGUUAUGGUACCCAAACUCACCAUUUGGUCCUCUUUAAUCUUUGAGGGUUUCAAUAAAAAUUGUUCACUCAUA